AUGCAACAGCAACAGCUUUUCCAUAAUUUAGGCAACAUAAACAUAGCGAGAUUAGAGGAGGAAUGGAACUUAUGCUUUGAAUAUAAUUUCAUUACGACUAUUCUAAUGGAAUUUUCUGCCAAGCAGAAAAUGCUUGAAGAGAAGAAGGUGGCGACCAAAGCAAGACUUGUAACGUGGUUAUUUGUUAAAACUCACAAACUUUUUCCCGUACAUCAUAACUUUUCGCUCACUUUUGUUAAGUUGGGAGUAAAAAGCUUCAACAGCAGUAGCAAGCUCUCUACUCAACCUCAUAAAGCUUCUUUUGCUUUAUCAGAACGGGUUUUUAGCGUUGCCAAGGAGCGAAUAAGAAGAAUGUUAUGA